AGAGUGCUAUAAUCUAUUCAUGACUUCUUGCUUGGUUUUUAUAGAUCCAUGUAUGAUAAUAUGUGAAGCUAAUGCUUGCUUUAGAUAAUUAAAUUACAUGUUUCUUAGUUAUUUCCCAUAACUUUGUUUAUGUGUCUGACUCAUCUUAUGACAUUGUCUUUAGCAUAAGUUUUCCCCAUGUCUUAUUAUAUGGUUUAGGACCCUAGAGUGUCUUGCUCAUGCUCAUUGAAUAUCACACUUAAAUGCGUUACGCGUAUUUGGUUGAUGGACAGUGCAUGCAUUAUGUAGAUGGGUUACAGGCCAUGUAUCAUGAAUUCGUGAUUCAUAUCUUGAAAGAGCUCAUCCUAUCAUCCAAUUAGAUGGAAGUCCCCGAUGCGCAGCCAUAAACUUUGGGUUGGAGUGACUGGGAAGCAAAUUCAAGUUCUAAACGAAUUAGUCUAUAGAAGCCAAGUACUCAAUGCAAUGCCUAUUGAAGCUGAAGAUGGAUACUUCCGACUAGAGAAUGAUUUUUGUAACAUGGGUGAUGAGUACCUUCUAGGUGUUGAGUUUGCAGAAAGUAUUACAAAUUUGGAUUAUGGUUCAAGUGAAGGUUUGCAGGCUUUUGCCUCAGACUGUCAAAUUCAAGUGUCUACUGAUGGUUCUGACACUGGCUGUAGAUCGGAUCUAUAUAGAACAGGUGAUUUGCGGAAGUGCCAGACUACCCAGAAGGCUGAGAGCUCCAAAUUUGGAUGUACUCUUAUUCGCCGUGGAUGUGAAACAUUGGAUGAGGGCAACCCUACGGUUUCACCCAGAUCAUGUAGUUUGCAAAAUUCUGGAAAGUCUCGGAACAGUUCAAGCUCUUCUUUUCUAGAAGUUCUGUCUGAUGAGAAUGACGGAACAUUCUCCCUAGCUGAUAAGAUGUUUUACAGCUCAAAGACUAUAAGAAAUGAUGAAAUUGAGCUGACGGGCCAAAAUGAUGCUACUAAUGCAAUUGAGGGGCAGCAGAUAGUAGCAACAUCGUCAGUUCAAGAAAGUAGCAGUAAUGUCCUUGCACAAAAAAGAUCACGCAAGCCCACACAAAGGUACAUUGAUGGAUUAGCUGACCCCAUUCCAACAUAUUCUAAAAGAAAACGAGAGGCUUCUUCUUCUACCAUCAAGGACAAAUCUCUUGGAGGUAAAGAACGUAGGAAGUGUCAUGUGGGACCUAAACCAAUUAAAGUACCUCCUGAGGAUCCAGAGGAGUUCUCUGUCAUAGCAAUUCAAGUUCCCUUUGGUUCUUUAGCUAACCAAGAACGUUCAGAGAGUCAAUCAUUUGAUACGGUGCAGCAUGUGGAUUGUAGAAAUUCAGUGACCAAGUCGAAAGGGAAGUAUGCUACCCCAAACAAUAAAUCCGACAACUGUGUCCCGGCACUUGAAUAUAAGAAAAGAGGUGAUUGUGCAGAAGCUCCAUCAAGAAAAAGAGGUGAUUGUGGCAUGGGUCAGAAAAAAACCGAUGCUUUUGUUACAGAAUCUCCAUCAAAGAAAAAGAAUGCCCGUGCAGCAGCCACAAAUCAGAAGAAAAGAAACGACUUAGCCCUUGCUGUAAUUCGGAAAAAAAGGGAUGACUGUUUUACAACAGAGAGUCCAAAGAAGAGGGACGACCGCCGCCUAGCUGUGGUGCAUCACAAGAAAAGAGACGAGACUUUAACAGAUGAGAGCUCUGAGGAAGCUAGUGGCCGUAGGAAGCAUCAUAGGCUAUGGACUAUUUCUGAGGUCAGAAAAUUAAUCGAGGGUGUUUCCCAAUACGGAGUUGGUAGAUGGAGCCGAAUAAAGAAGCUCUUCUUUGCAGCAUCCGCUCAUCGCACGUCCGUAGAUCUCAAGGACAAAUGGCGGAAUCUGUUGAAAGCCAGCGGAAUGCAGGAACAAGGGAGUCAGCAGGGAGAGAAGAAACGGAAUGUGGCGUGGCGGCCUCUGCCAAAGCCCAUCCUGCGCCGCGUCUGUGAACUGGCGACAAUGCAUCCGUAUCCGAAAGGCGAGAGGGGGGCAACGAAGGCUGCUGCGCGCGAUUCGACGGAUAUAACGCUGAGUGACUACAGAAGAAUCCUUAGUAGUGUUAAUGGGAAUUGAGCCUUGCAAUGAGAAAGGCAUAUGUUGUACAUCCUUUACCUAACCAAGGAUGAUGUUUUAUUGAUUUUCAACUGUUUCGGAGUUUUUUGAAUUGAUUUUUAAACAAUGUUGCAAUGCUUGCUUCUUACCUAA